AUGUAGGAUAUCUUUGUUGAGACAAUAGAACAAGCUAUCGAUAUUAUUGAAUAAAGCAUUUAAACAACGCAUAAAUAGUAGGAACUAUAGAACAAUGAAGUUGUUUCAGGCACAACCGACCUAAGAAAGAUUUGAGAGAGUAUGGAAGACAAAACUUAAAGUCAUAUGAUUAUGGAAAGGAACUUGGGUAAGAACUAUAAUUUUGUUACAAAUAAAUAGAGCAUUACAUGUUAAGGAUAUAGGAUUUAUGGGAUAAAUUCGUAAAGAGUGAAGAUCAACUUUUGAAUGCAGAUGUGCUUAAGCUCCAAUUCUAAUUGAUCUCGAAAAUGCAAUCUGAAGUAGAUGCUAUAGAAAUCAUUAUGGAUAUUGGGUUUUUGAGAUUGAAGAUCAAACUCUUUAAAUAGCAAAUACAGACCUACGUGAUGAAUAGGAUUUAGGUGAUAAAUUAGAAGGUGGAUUUCAAGCCUAAGGGAGUUGCAAAAUAAUUUAAGAAACAAUCUAAGAUUGGUUGGAGAAGCUGAAAUUGAAACUAAUAACUUUGAAAAAAUAUGUCACUCAUCAAGAGAAUUAUUAGUUGAUUAAAUCUAAUUCUGAAGCCAUUGAUCAAUAAAUAGAGGAGUUAUACACUUACAGCAAAAUUUUUAUUAAUGAGUAAUAAACUAUCCCUAUUAAGGAGGUUUGGGAUAAGAUUGUUAUUUAAUAUUAAUAAUUUUAAUAUAAGUUUUAUGAUUUAAAAAGUCAUUAUGGAUUGGAGUAACAUAAGCUCGAGAAAGAGUUCAGAAGCAAUUUAAAUGAUAAUAAAGAUGAAUAAAUAAUCAUUUUUGUUGAAGAGUUUAGAAUAUAAUGUAUGAAUUCCAACAUCUAAUGGGAAAAAAUAAAAUAAAAAGGAAUGAGCCUAUAAGAAUUGAUUGGAUGGAUAUUAAUACCCUCUUUGAAAUAAUUCGUUAGGUGA